CGUCAGCGCGCAGCGGCGGUGCAGUGACGCGCGGCGAUUGGGUGAGCGAGGUGCUAAACUGUGUUGUACAGUAAAAAGACAGAGACACCGACAACAAAACAACAGCUGCGGCCGCAUGAGGCCAGCUAAAGACACACUCGCACCCUCCGGGCUCACACUAUGACGACUUCGGAUGCCCCGAUGGCUACAAACUUCACCAUUUCCAGCGACAGCGAGUCAGAGUCUUCGGAGGAGGUAGAGGAAGGAAAAAACAACCAAUCAUCAACAGCGGAAGAGCAGCGGGCUCCUCAACGUCACACUCUCACCCUACCUGAGCUCAGAAUGGCUGGGACCGGUCGAAUCAGGCUGAACUCAGAGUCCCACGCCUCCACUGUCUCCAGAGACGAGGAGCUCCAGGCUAGGGGGGAAGAUGAGGCUGGUACACCAACUGAUGGAGCUCCCUUCAGGGGCCGGUCCAAGUCAGCUCCCCCUGCCUUGUGGGCGGCCAAGAAAUAUGGCCGGCAGCUCCGAAGGAUGAGCGACGAGUUUGACAGCCUGCUUGAUAAAGGGGAAAUGAAGAAGGUGAGGAGUGCUGGGUCGGCCAGACAGAUGCACCACUCUAGAAGCUGGUGGAGCUACCUCUUUAGUCACCAGGAGACAGAGGGAGAGAACAACCAUCAUGAAAACCACACGCACCGCACUGAGUAGGCACUGAGGGGGGAAAUAAGAGUGUUACAGUGUUUGAGGAACGGAGGAAUCGACGGGGAUGAGAAGAAAGCAACGGGGAAGCCAAGAGAACAAUCAGACCUGCUCUGAGAAGGGACUGAAAGGUUGGUUUGAUCAACAACAAAAAAAAGAUCCAAACAUAAAGGCAUGUCUAAGUCAUGUCAUUUUUAUACGUCAUUGGUAACUACAUUUAAAAAAAAAAAAUGUUUGUAUUUGUGUUGGUUGUGAUGUAACAAUAUUCUGGAGCAGUCAGGCAUGAGGAUAGACUGCGGGCUAUCUGAACCCCGUAGAACGGAUAAAAUGAGGGGCAAAGAGGAGAGAUGAUGUCUUCAAAGAAAGACAAGCAUAUUAAGUGGAUUUAAGAGGUGACCACUCAGUUAAAAGAUGCUUACCAUUUCAGCCUCAGUCUCUCCCAUCAACAACAUGCAAUAUACUGUAGAUGGAGAGUUAAAAGUACUGAAAUGAUCAAAACACCUGAGCCCACCUUGAAUGCUGUUAGAAUUUCCUUCCUCGUUUUCUUGAGGAAGUCACAAACGUCAAUGUGUUACUAAUGCUUGUUCAGCUCCACGAUUGUGCUAGACAAAGACAAUGCUAAUGGAGAUCUUUGUAAAUGUGUGCCAAAAUGAUCCGCAGGCAAUGGAGGAAAGAGUAUAAAAAGGAAGGAUUUUUUUAAAGUAUUCAACUUGGGCCUUUAUCCAGCUUCUUGUUCUGCUACAUGCAAGCCACUACCACAACUUAAAAAACAACUGUACUUGACUAUCAUUAACUGCUUUAUAUCUCAAAUGUAUCAAAAGAAGAACAAUCUUGUACAAGGACAAUCUCUGAUGAUGCAGAAAUAAUAUCUUUUGUAAAACUUAAGGGUUAGAUUAUAUCUGAAGAAAAUGACAUUAAACAUACAUAUAAAAGCACAAACCAAUAUGAAUCUAUCUUUUUAAAGCUUUGGAUGAGCAAAAACAAAACCAACAGAUUUUGGAAUUUUUAUGUGUAAAUAUUUUGUUAACAUUUUAUCAAAUGGCAGGGGUGGAGGUUACAAACUACGUGGUUUAGCCAGAAUUUUAUUUUACAAACUCUUAUUUUACGAGGUUACCACGCUAUUUAAUAAGUCUGGCCAACCUAGCAAUAGGCAGUGUACAAUCCAUGGCUGUUGUAAUAAAUGUUAUGUGUAUAUUUAAAGAUGUGGGUGGGGAUGAAUUAACUGCUGUACAAGAAGCCAACACACUAGCCUUUGGUCCCGUUUGCUCAGUACCCAGUGCGCAUAGAAGAGGGAUUUAGAGAGUCUAGUCACAUUUAAACACAGGUGGAAGGGAUUUAAACUGGAUUUGCAGAGUUUGUUUUGUAAAAAUCAGUUCCCAGUCCUGUUGGGUUUAUAAAACAGUUUGUUUAAAAGCAGGUUGUUCGCUUUCAUCUGCAUCGGGACGUGAAUAAAUUGGGAUAUUAAUCAAGCCCAAAGUCUAAGAGUGCUAAUCGGAUGCUAGAUUUGCUAUUUAUGUAUUAUAUUCAGGCUUUUGAGGGUGACUUGUCACAUACUACACAUAAUAUGACCUUUUAUGAAAGUUAUUAUUAAUAUAAAUGACUAUAAACUACAACCAGCACUUCUACACAGCUUGGUAAAUAUGAUUAGGCUAUUUGUGACUUGUUAAUCAAUAUGUGAUUAUUGAAAAUGGUAAUAGGUUUGUUCUACUGUGUCUUAUUCUCUUCCACUCGACUUGUAGGGUUGAGUUGUGAAGUGCUCGGGUGUGCAGGCCAAGGGGCUGCAUUUGUGUCGUCUUUCAACUAAAGCUUUUGCUAAACCUGGUUAAGGACAUUUUUUAAAACAAUCUGAAUGGCACCACCUUUUUUAGGAUUCAGUCUACCAUGUGUUUGGUAACAUCUGCAUCACCCUGACUGUGUAAGAUUGACUGGCACAGUUUGGUGACCCUUUUAAAUUGAAUUAGUAUCUGGUAUAAAGCUCCCAACACAAUUAAUACAGUUAGAUGAUGCUGUUCAUCCUCAAAACAAACAAAGGAAGUGGUGCCACCAUUUUAUGAUAUCAGAUCUGGGAGCAGGGAAAUGAGGGAUGACUUUACUUCACAUUUGAACAACUCACUCCUAGUAGACCUGUACCUGUACUUUGAGACAAGUAGUACAGUUGAAUCAGCUGGCAGUGAAAAUGUACAUGGUGUUGAGAGCUUGGGGCCAGAUAUGAAUGCUUUACUCUCUCGAGAACAAAGUUCAGCUGGAAUCGAAAAGAGUGUGAUGUUGUUCUGAACUGCCUUGAACGUGCUGUAACCUGUGAUGUGACACCACAUAGCCAGCCUUGUCUGUUUACUCAAUUACCGCCUUAAACUUUACCGCUCGCUGUCACAUAUUACGCUCAAGAAAAGAAGCACAAUAAUGUGGAGGGUGCGCUUGCUGUCACAACUGUGAGGAAAAAUCCCAUUUCACAAGACGUCAUGGUUUUGACUUUAAAUAUCUGUGGCAGAGAACACACUCUAGAGGAAAACCCUGCCUGGGCACCUGGAGUUUUGCAACCAUCCUUGAUAUUACUUGAAUCUGGAGAUGUGUGUGGAGAAAAUGUAAUUCUAAUAUUGAGUACUUUUUUUUUUUUUCUUUUGAUUCCUUUUCAUUUUUUUGAAUGACUUUUGUAAAUGUAUUUUCUCUACAGCUGUGAAACUUCUGGUAUAUGCUGUCCUGAAUAAAUAAUUUUAAGAGUG